UCGUCUGGCAAGACUCGACGGGGCACCGAGUCGUUGGCAAGACUGCGGGCACCGAGUCGUCUGGCAAGACCUGCAGGGCCCGAGUCGUCUGGCAAGCCGGGCACCGAGUCGUCUGGCAAGACUGCGGGCACGAGCCAACUGGCGGUAACAGCAGGCUUCGAGUGUCGUCUGGCAAGACUGCGGGCACCCCCGAGUCGUCUGGCGGAACAGCGGGCACGAGUCAACAGGCACGACAGUGGGCACCGGGUUCAUUCAGGUAUCGGAUUGUCUGGGCUCGACAGCGGGCAUCGGGUCACCAGGUAUGACAGCGGGCACUGGGUCACCAGGCACAGGCAGUGGGCACCGGGUCCACCAGGUAUGACAGCGGGC